ACUAAACACAUGAUGAUCCACACUGGAGAAAAAUCAUUCACAUGCCCUCAGUGUGGGAAGAGAUUCAGCAAAUCAUCAUCGCUUUAUAGACACAUGAAUAUCCACACCGGAGAAAAACCAUUCACUUGCACUCAGUGUGGGAAGAGUUUCAGCCAAAAAUCAAUCCUUAAUCAACACAUGAAUAUCCACACUGGAGAGAAACCAUUCACAUGCACUCAGUGUGGGAAGAGUUUCAACCAAUCAUCAAACCUUAAUCACCACAUGAAGAUCCACACUGGAGAGAAACCAUUCACAUGCCCUCAGUGUGGGAAGAGUUUCAUCAAAUCAUCAUCGCUUUAUAGACACAUGAAUAUCCACACCGGAGAGAAACCAUUCACAUGCUCUCAGUGUGGAAAGAGUUUCAACCAAUCAUCAUACCUUAAUAAACACAUGAGGAUCCACACUGGAGAGAAACCAUUCACAUGCCCUCAGUGUGGGAAGAGUUUCAACCAAUCAUCAAACCUUAAUCACCACAUGAUGAUCCACACUGGAGAGAAACCAUUCACAUGUACUCAGUGUGGGAAGAGUUUCAGCAAAUCAUCAUCGCUUUAUAGACACAUGGAGAUCCACACCGGAGAAAAACCAUUCGCAUGCCCUCAGUGUGGAAAGAGUUUCAACCAAUCAUCAUACCUUAAUAAACACAUUAGGAUCCACACUAGAGAGAUAUCAUUCACAUGCACUCAGUGUGGGAAGAGUUUCAUCCACUCAUCCCACCUUAAUAGACACAUGAAGAUCCACACUGGUGUUAGAGAGUAUAUGUACUUGGAGUGUGAGAAGACUUUUAUUACAGCUGCAGAAUUUAAACGGCACCAGAGGAUUCACAUUGGAGAAAAAACGUACUAG